CACGCCAUGGCGCCGACACCCCUGCUGCUGCCGCUGCUGCUGCUGCUGCUGGCGCGCGCCGCCCACCCGCACGAGCGGCUGGAGGGCGUGCUGUACUACGCGCGGCCACCGGCCUCGCCCCGCGCUGUCGCCACGCGGUCGCUGUUCGACUACGACAGGAAGCUGGUGGCGUACCGCGAUGUUCCGGCGGGCCGCUGCUACCUACACCGCCUGGGAGGCCGGCACCCCGUCGCACCCACAGAUCCGGCGGACCGGUUUUUCUUCGUACCCCACUGGCAGCUCAGCAAGAUGCAGGCGCUGUCGUUCGCCGGGCCGCGGCUAUACGACUUCUGCGCGGGGCUGCGCGUGUUCGUAGUGCGCGCGGCCCGGCGCGGCAACUCGCUGCCGCCGGCGGCCGGCAAGCAGUCCCUGGACGCCGCGCUGGCGCUGGACCUGCGGCCCCCACACGGCCGCGCCAGGAGGCAGGCGCCGCAGCAGCCGCCGCGCCGCCACCGCGGCCAGACGCAGUCGCAGUACCUGCACACCAACGGCGGGCAGGGCGACGGCCGCGCCGAGGCCGAGUCCAAGCCCGACCUGUCCAGGGCCUUCGUCGGUGGAAGCAGCGGCAUGGGUCAGGCCCAGAGCCAGUCUGGCACCGGCGAUUGUGCAGACUGCUUCCCUCUCGGUGGCGGCUAUCCAGGGCUCUUCCCUCCACAGCCACAAAUACUGCGCCCAGGAGAACCCAUACCAGGUGAACCAGGAGUACCAGGAUACCCACCAGGCGUCAGACCAGGUGAAGGUGUACCUGGAUACCCACCAGGAGUUCGACCAGGAGAAGUCGUACCAGGUGUACCUGGAUAUCCUCCAGGAGUACGACCAGGAGUUCAGCCAGGAGCACCAGGAUACCCACCAGGGAUUCGUCCAGGAGAAGGUCUACCUGGAUAUCCACCAGGAGUCCGACCAGGAGAAGCUGUACCAGGAUACCCACCAGGAGUUCGCCCAGGGGAAGCAGUACCAGGACUACCUGGAUACCCACCAGGAAUUCGACCAGGAGAAGCUGUGCCAGGCCUUCGACCUGGAGAAGGCGUACCUGGGUACCCACCGGGAGUCCGACCAGGUGAAGCAGUACCAGGUGUACCAGGAUACCGACCAGGUGUUCGACCAGGGGCAGCUGUACCUAGUGUGCCUGGGUACCCACCAGGAGUUCGACCAGGGGAAGUAGUGCCAGGAAGGCCAGGAUACCCACCAGGUGCCAGACCAGGAGAAUAUGUUCCAGGUAUACCUGGAUACCCACCAGGAGUACGACCAGAAGAAAUGGUGCCAGGUAGACCAGGAUACCCACCGGGGGCUCGGCCAGGAGAAAAAGUACCUGGAUACCCACCAGGCGUCCGACCGGGAGAAGCAGUACCAGGUGUACCUGGAUAUCCACCAGGACUUCGACCAGGAGAAACUGUGCCAGGUGCCGUGCCUGGGUACCCACCGGGACUCCGACCAGGAGAAGCUGUGCCAGGUGUGCCCGGAUACCCACCAGGCGUUCGACCGGGAGAAACUGUGCCAGGUGCCGUGCCAGGGUACCCACCGGGACUCCGACCAGGAGAAGCUGUGCCAGGUGUGCCCGGAUACCCACCAGGAGUUCGACCGGGAGAAACUGUGCCAGGUGCCGUGCCCGGGUACCCACCCGGACUCCGACCAGGAGAAGCUGUGCCAGGUGCACCUGGAUACCCACCAGGAGUCCGACCGGGAGAAGCUGUACCUGGAGUACCUGGCUACAUACCAGGAGCUCGACCAGGAGAAGCUGUACCAGGUGUGCCCGGUUAUCCACCAGGAAUCCGUCCAGGAGAGGCUGUUCCAGGUGUACCCGGGUAUCCUCCAGGAGUUCGACCAGGAGAAGGUGUACCUGGGUAUCCUCCAGGAGUUCGACCAGGAGAAGGUGUACCUGGGUAUCCUCCAGGAGUUCGACCAGGAGAAGGUGUUCCCGGAUAUCCACCAGGUGUCCGACCAGGAGAAGCUGUGCCAGGUGUACCAGGAGUGCCAGGAUAUAUCCCCGGAAUUCCAGGAGUGCCAGGAUAUCCGACUGGUCCCCCCAGACAGCCACCUUACCCACCAGGCGACAUAAUGCGGCCACCGGCAGUACCGGGCUAUCCUCCAGGAUAUCCAGGCACUGUUCCCGGAGAGAGGAUUCCGGGUGUUCCGGGAUUGAGGCCGGGAGCAGUUCCGUCACCACCAGGGGUACCCGAAGGCCGCCCAGGGAUGUAUCCGGGAGAAAUUGUGCCAGGGGUUCCGGGUGUAGCACCCGGAGUACCACCAGGCGUCUAUCCGGGAGUGCCCGGAAUCCCAGGUCAGCUACCGGGCUACCGUCCGGGAGAACCCAUUCCCGUCGGACCGGGAGAUUUCGGUUACCCUCCCGGAAUUCGACCUGGAAUUCCCGGCAUUCCCGGAAGAGUACCCGGUGUCCCUCCGGGAUACCCACCCGGUAUCCGGCCACCUCCCGCCGAGCGACCCGGCGUCCCACCUUAUCCUCCCGGUGAAGUACCGGGAGUACCCGGUUACCCGCCGGGUGUCCGACCGGGCGUCCCGGGAUACCCCGCAGCUCCGCGACCCGGAGAAGUACCGACCGGACCCGGCGUGCCGGGGUACCCUCCCGGCGUCGCACCGGGACUCGUACCCGGCGUACCGGGUGUCCCCGGUUACCCUCCCGGAGUACCCGGUAUCCCUUCUUACGUUCCCGGCGUUCCAGGCGUUCCCGGAUACCCGCCCGGAGUACCGGGUGUCCCCGGAUACCCCCCCGGAGUGCCUCCGGGGGCGCCCGGCUACCCACCUGGAGUGUCUCCGGGCGCACCUGGUUACCCGCCCGGAGUGUACCCGGGUAUUCCCGCCGUUCCGGGCUAUCCCCCCGGCGUCGCCGUACCCGGUUACCCUCCGGGAGCGUACCCUCCGGGAGUGAGGCCGGGUGAAGUUCCGGGUGUCCCCGGCGCGCCCGGGUAUCCCCCGGGAGUCGUACCGGGAGAGCUGGCGCGCGUCCCCGGCUACCCGGGAGAGGCGGGAGGCGACGCUCAGGCCCAGACGACGGUGGACCGCAAGGAGAACGAGACGCGCGCGGCGGCGUCAGCACAGGGGGCGCUGGCGGGCGGCGCGGCGCAGGCGCAGGCGCAGGUGAGCGGCGCGGCCCGCGCCGGGGGCAGCUUCCAGGCGCAGGCGCAGACGGGAGACCGCGGCCGCGGCACCGGCGCCCAGGGGCAGGUGGAGGCGGCCGGCCAGGGCGCGCGCUCCACGGCGCAGGGCCGCGCGGGCCGCGGGCAGGCGCAGGCGCAGGUACCCCACACUGCUCUCGCUAAGCUUUUGGACAAAGCAGUGCUGGACGUGGGAGAGGUGUCGCAGGUGCAGGUGGGGUCGUCGUCGGGCGCGACGGCGGCGCAGGCGCAGAGCGGCGGCUGGGGCCACGGCACGUCGUCGCAGGUGCAGGCGGGGCAGGCGGGCGGGCUGGCCGACGCGCAGGCGCGCGGCGCCGGCUCCACCAGCUCGCAGGCGCAGGUCGGCUUCUCGCCGCGCGGCGCCCAGGCCGGCGGCGGCAACGGCGGCGGACAGCGCUCGCCCUUCCUGGGCGGCGGCAGCGCCUCCGCGCAGACCGGCGCGCUCUCCGGCCAGAGCCAGACGCAGGUGCAGGGCUCGUUCCGCCAGGGACUGAGCUACUCUGGAGCCGCGCAAGCAGGAUCCAGUGCAGGGCAGGGGGCGGCGGUCGCCGGCGCCGGUGGCGGGGGCGGGGCUGUAGGCGGAGGCGGAGGCGGCGCGCCCGAGGAGCAGCGCUGGAGGCCAUUCGGCAGCGCCAUCGGCGGUGGACAGCUGCCUUUCGGAGGUGCAGCGGUGGGUAGUGACGCCGGGAGCGGAGCACUAGCUGGCGGCGGCGGUGGCGGAGGUGGCACUGGCUCGACUGGAGGCGCGAUGGGUGGCGGCGGCAGUGGCUUGAGCGGAGGCACCACGGGUGGAGGUGGCAUGGGAGGCAGUGGCUUCAACGGAGGCAGCAUGGGUGGAGGCGGUGGAAGAGUUGGAGCCGGCAUGGGUGGAGGCAGUGGAGGAGUUGGAGGCGGCGGAGGCGGUAUAGGCAGUGGUCUGGGAAUGCCGACCAGUAAUGGACGCGGAAGCGGCGCCGGCAUGGGUGCAGGAAACGGUAGGCACGCUGGCGGGGCGCACCCCGACACGAGCGGUGUGAGGGGUGCCGGUGGACACACGGUGGGGACUACUGGGGGCGGCGGGGGCGGCGGCGGUGGCGGCUACCGCUUCGGGACCUCUGCACCGUCGGGGGCCGACUCUUCGUACAUGCCUCCUUCCGGUCGCGGUGGCUACUCCGGGCCCUCCGGCUCUGGUGGGAGCCACGCCAUGCCUCCCUCUGGUAGCGGGCACGCAAUGCCUCCUUCCGGCAGCGGACACGCCGUGCCUCCUUCCGGCAGCGGGCACGCCGUGCCUCCUUCGGGCGGUGGACACGCCGUACCUCCGUCUGGCGGCGGCCAGUCGAUGCCCCCUUCCGGCGGCGGCUUCCCCGAGUCGGGGGCCGGGGAGGGUAGCGACUACGACGGCUCCGGCGACUACGAGGACGAGGACGUGGCGUCGGGGCCGUCGGCGCCCUCGCGGCACAUGUUCCGCAACGGAGACGGCGCCGGCGGCGGGCAGCGCACGCUGUCGGCGGGCCCGCACGGCACGGUGACGGCGGGCAGCGGCAGCCGACGCGUGCAGGCGCCGCCCGGCGGCCAGACGCAGAACGUCCACCUGGGAGGCAGCAGUGGCGGCGGCUCCGUCGUGUCGGCGGGCGGCAGGGGCGGCGCACCCAGCCAGGCGCAGGGCAUCUACGUCGCGGGCUCCGGCGGCAAGGCCGUGCUCGUCAGGCAGGACUCCUCCUCCUCGUCCUCGUCCUCGUCGUCGUCGGGCAAGGAGGUGCUGCUGCAGCCGGGACAGAGCGUGCCUGGCUCCCCAGGGUACGUGAUCCCGGCGGGCUUCAGAGGCCGCGUCACUUCGGGCUCCGGCGCGACGUCGCAAGCGGGCGACUCGACGCGCGCCUCCGCCUCCGGAGGCGGGCGGUCGCAGACGCAGACGGUGCGGGUGCUGAGGCCGCGCGUGCGCUCCGGUGACGCCGUGCCGGACAGCUUCGUGACCGUCACCAACAGCGUGGCGGGACAGCUGGCGCCGGCCGGCGGCGGGGGCGGCGGCGCCGCCUCCAGGGGGCGCGCGGGGCAGCCAGCGGCCUCGGGCGGCAAGUACACCCACACCUACUACUCCAAGUCCUCCACGUGCGGCUACUUCACCUUCUCCUGCAACGUCGUCUACGGCUCCAACGGCCGCACCAAGAUCUGCAAGCCCAAUCCGCCCACCAACCCAGACGGCACGCCGUGCUGCUGCUAGACACCUGCUCCGCCGUCCACUAAACGCAGCUCGAGAGAUUCCACUUUUGUACUGUUCCCUGUCUCUUAUUUCAUACUAGUUCUGGCAAUACUCAAACAGUGCUUACAAAUCUAUUACGUAACUGCAUUAGCUGAAUUGUAGCACCAGUCGGAGAAACAUCUGCGUUAUCGGAAAAAAAACAUAUAAAAAUAAUGCGGACGCUUUCAUCUUAACUGAUACUUUGGAAACAAGUAUAUGAUCUCAUUUUUGCUAUCUGGGACAUGUAACAGAAUAUUCAGUACGAAUUCUCCGUUACGUUCAAUAGUGUCCACACUAAACAAUUCACUAAGCAACUGGUUCAGGAAACGAUACCCACCUUUCUCGGUACCGAAUACAUUUAUUUUUUCAGCUGGAUUACGUUAUCUGACUACCUUUCAACUAGUUUAUCAAUACUCUGGCAUCUCUUAGACAUUCAGUUACGAAUUAAUCGUUAUACGACGCUAAUUUUGACGCUUGUAAUCACCUUUCGUGAUUCUGUUUUUUUUUAUAUUUUUCUUCGUAGACUUAAGAUAUCACAUUUAUGACACAGGCUUCGUCGAACACAGUUGUUAUCAUUUUCUUAUGCACAAUAGCUUUCUAGCGUACUCUCUCUACAUUUUACCUACAUGCAUCCACGGUUAUCAUUGUUUCUGUCUUACAUGUCAUCUUCAUACAAUGAUCUCAGCAGAUCGCAUUUUUCGUUGCAGUAGUGCGCCCCAUUCAUUUACAUUCGCUUGUCAUCAUUUUUAUCACGAGCGCAUUGAAAAGUGUCGUAGAGAUCGAUUUUUCUGCGCAUAAUUCUUACACUUCUUUUUAUUUUUGCCUGAUUCUCUGAACGUUUCUUAACUAGUGCUACGGUCCAGAACGUGUAGCACAUUCAGAUGGACCGUAAUCUACUAGUUUCUUCGUUUGUCUGAUUGCAGUGUCUCCUUUUUCUGAUUCACAUCGUUACAUGCCAACUGAAUCUCGUUAUUUAGGUGCUCCAAUAUUCUUUUUAUGUUCGUUUUUCAUCCUGUACGCAUGAGAUCGUUGAAAGUUUCUGUAAGAAAGCUUUUUGCACUUGAAUAUUUAACUGAUCUCCAUUUUGAUUAACUCGUGAUAUUUGCUUUUCGAAACAUUGUACCAUCAUAUUAACGUUACAAGUUCCUGUACGGCAUUCUUCUUUAAAAGUGAAAAAUCAGUCUCCGGCAAAUGCCAUCUCCUUCCACGUCUCUUUUGUUUCAUCAUGCAACAGCGCAGAGCAUAUCUACAGAAAGUAGCAUAUGCUUUCUUUCUAAUUUUACAUUUAAUACUCAGAAAUGGGAAUACAGAGUGGCACAUAUCCCUGCCCAAUGUCUCGUGCGUGUGCGAGCUCAUUACGGAGCAGCACUAAAUUUCUGCCACAUAAUUUUAUUCUGAUCGUGGAACAGUCAUCUGCAUAAUUUACUAAUCCGUUAAAGAGCCAGACGGUAAGCACGCUUAUUUGAUAGCAAUACGCAGCCGACCAUCUCAUAAAAUAUGUGCUGUCAUCUGUGAUUCCGCUUCGAAUUGUUGGAAGAAAUCAUGUUACUAGUUUGUGUUAUUAUCAUACUGACUAGCGUCCUCUGUGUCCAUCACACAAUAAAAGCUAGAGGAAAAUCAACGAACAUUUUUAUAAAAGUUUAGUUGACAUAGAAUAGAAAUGUAGUUAAUGUACAUUUUUAUAUUAAACUACUUUACUGUCUGUUUACUAUGAACUCAGUACUGCCACAUAAUUCAGUGCAGUGAGUUUUGUACCAGUCUCCCACUGACUAACGUACACUUGCGCCACUUUGCGUUAUUUAUAGUAGAGAAUUUUAAGUGUCCUGUGAUUUAUAAUACUGCCAAAUGCAUAUAGCAUAAAGCAGUGAAAUACACUUGUGACAUCGAUUAGACGUUAAAAUGUCAAACAGUCCACAGUUUUGUAAUGAAUAAGCAGUAUUUUGUCUAAUGUUGUGAAUUAUAACCAAACAAAAACUAUAUGUUACCAAUAAAUCUCAUGGAUUGCUUCAGGAUUUGAGGUAAAGAAAUAAACUGUACAUUAACAUUA